AUGGGUAAUAUAUAUAUACCAAAAUUAUAUAAAUGGACAGAUGAAGGUAAUAAUAGAUCAACAACUGAAAUAUCAAAGUCAGAUUUACAUCAUACUAUUGAAUGUAUUCAAAAAGGAACAGUAAUUUUAAAAUAUUUAAUAGAUUAUCAUACUGAUAAUACUAAAGGAUAUAAUAAUAUUGCUUACAACCCGCCAUUACACAUUAAUCCUUAUGACCAAAAGAAAGGAAAUAACGCAGCUGUGAUAUAUUCUUUAGUAGUAAACCCGCGUCUUGCAUCAAAGUUCCAAAAUACUCCAUGGUUUUUCUUAAAAAACUAUUUAAAAAUCCCAUUACCUGAUUUUACGGUAUGCCCCAAUCUCAAGGUCAAAGGUCAUAGUAAAAAUUAUUCAAAAUAUUUUUGUUCUCUAUUUACGUUCCUUCGAAUAUUUUUUUGGCCACGUAGAAAUGAAAUUGAUAAUACUAAAGAAAUGAGUCCUUUCAUUCGCGUUAUUCAUAAAGAGAGAGAGAAAGGUUAUAAAAUUUAUCAGACACCUACAAUUAUGGCAGUCUUAGAUUUCAAAUGGUCAUCUGCUCGUCGAUAUUUUAUUCCAGCUUUUUUACAUCAUGAUGAUCUACUAGGUUUGAAAGACAGUUUUGAACUUAAACUUUUAAUGGCGUUUACAGCUUUAAUUAUGUGGCUUGAAUUGGGACAUUUUAUUUAUAUCAUUACAAGUAUUUUAAACACUAUCUGGCCAUUCUUUGCAUUCAUGUUGAUUGCUAUACUUGAAUUUGGAAACGCUAUUUGUGCAUUUGAUAAAGCAAAUAAAGAAAGUCGUAUAGCCGAACAUAAAUAUUAUGCUGAACUUGUUGCAGAAUGUGAAGCUUUAGAAAAACCUUUUGACAGUGAAAAUUUAGCUGAAAUAACAGAUUUUGAUUCUUCAAGUACUAUGGAUCUUGAUUCUAUUGAACCGAAUACAACCAAAUAA